AUGGCGGCAGCAGGAUUAUGGCCAUGGCUGAGGAGACGGGCUGUUCUGUGUGGGCUGCUGCCUGGGGUGAUGGCUGCCAUUGAGUCGGCAAGCUUUGAGGAGGAACAGCUUCCUAAUAAGAGAGAAACUAUGAUUUGGAAGCCCAGAAAAGGUAAGCCUAAACUAUUAGAGCAAAACAAAGCAGACAAAUGUUUGCUGAAGAAUAUUCCAAAUGUUCUUGAUAGUGAGUCUGAAGAAAGUGAAUUCUCUGAUAUUUCUCACAAUGAAAAUGAUCUCAGUGGCUCUCCUGUUGACUGUGAUCAUAUACGUCCUGACCUGGAAGACUUAGAUGGUGAAGUCACCGGUAUGCCUGAGGCUAUAACUUUUCCAGAGGUGCAGACUGCUUCUGUGUAUGAAGCGGAGGAGGACUGGGAUAAAGAAUUGGAGUACUCUGAAUGUAAUCCUUAUGAUGCUGACGAUCUCUACUGUGGAAGCUUUCAGGAAAAUAAUCUUUUGGCCUCAUACUCAUGGCAAGAGGAUUCGUUUUACAACCCAAGCUGUCACCAUGCAGCUUGCUUUGCUUUUGUGCCGCCAGUUAGAGUGACUGAGACUGGCCAGUUCGAUGAUGCUGAUGAAUGA